CUCUUUUCUCUCUCGCCGUUGGCCAUUUCUUUCUUUUCUCUCCGUUUACACAUUUCCGAUAGGGAGAAAUGUCAUCCUCAAUUACAAAUUGCUGCCAUUUCUAUGUUGAACGUGCCAGAACAACAAACAGGAGAACUGCAACAUGGAAGUCACCAAGAGCAGCAGUAAUUCCAUGUAUCCACCUCCCGAUGCGCAGUAAUGAAGUUAAAAAUAGGACAUUUGCCGAGGACAUAAAAAAACUUCGAUUGAUUACUGCAAUUAAAACCCCAUAUCUACCAGAUGGAAGAUUCGAUCUUGAGGCUUAUGACGCCUUAGUAAAUUUGCAAAUUGAAAAUGGUGUCGAGGGUGUGAUUGUUGGUGGCACUACAGGUGAAGGUCAAUUGAUGAGCUGGGAUGAACACAUCAUGCUCAUUGGUCAUACCAUCAAUUGUUUUGGUGGAUCAAUUAAAGUCAUUGGAAACACAGGAAGCAACUCCACGAGGGAAGCAAUCCAUGCGACAGAACAAGGAUUUGCUGUAGGUAUGCAUGCAGCUCUUCACAUUAAUCCUUACUAUGGGAAGACCUCCAUAGAGGGUUUGAUUUCUCACUUUGACAGUGUGCUCCCUAUGGGCCCUACUAUCAUUUACAAUGUGCCAUCACGAACUGGUCAAGACAUUCCCCCUCAUGUAAUCCAGACAUUAGCAAAGAGCCCUAACCUUGCUGGUGUCAAAGAGUGUGUAGGAAAUGAUAGAGUGGAGCAGUAUACAAGUAAUGGGUUGGUUGUGUGGAGUGGGAAUGAUGAUGAAUGCCAUGACUCAAGGUGGCAUCAUGGUGCUACGGGAGUUAUUUCUGUCACCAGCAACUUGGUUCCUGGUCUGAUGCGUGAUCUAAUGUUUGGAGGAAAUAACCCUGUUUUGAACUCAAAGCUAAUGCCCUUGGUUGAAUGGUUGUUUCAUGAGCCAAACCCCAUUGCUCUGAAUACAGCUUUAGCUCAACUUGGGGUUGUGAGGCCUGUUUUUCGCCUUCCCUAUGUUCCACUUACAAAGGCAAAGAGAGAGGAGUUUGUGAAGAUUGUUGAGAAAAUUGGACGGGAAAACUUUAUUGGGGAAAGAGAUGUCCAAGUUUUGGAUGAUAAUGAUAUUUUUUUGGUUGGUAGGUAUUAGUUUUUCCCCAAUUGGUAUUGAGAAGUAAGUUUUUGUUGUUAGCGGCUUAAUUUGAAAAAUUUCUUGACAUGAAGAUAUCUUCUUUAUGUUGUUUUUUACACGCAUUCUUCUUGUUUGCUUUUCUCUUUUGGGAGGCAUGUACAUUGUAGCUGUUAGUUUCUGGACUGGAUCAUUUUCUUCUGUUUUCUCUGUUUACGGACUAGAUCCUGGUUAAUCUUCUUCUGCCUCGGCAUGUUGUGGUGUAUUGGUCAACUUUCUCCGAAGUACUUUAUAUAGAUGAAGAGAAGAGUUACUAUAAUUUGUUUUA